AUGCAGGAGUUCGUUUAGUAACCUUCAUUUUAUAUCAAUAAUUUAUCACAAGCUACUUAAUUCUACAAAGAUUAUUCUAUAAAAGAUGAAGAAAGAAGAGCUAACCAAAUUACAGACAAUGUUAGCUUGAAAAAACUAAUUGCAAUUCCUGUAUAGAGCCAUUUUAGAUUUUUCAUGAAUAUAAAUCCUAUGAAUAAUAUUAGUAGUACAAAGUUAGAUAACAUCAUAAAGUUCUACAAUAGCCAAAAGUAGCACCUGUUUUCAUAAGGCACAUUUUAUGAAGUAUACAUUCUCGAAAGUGUUUUUAAAGAACUUCCAUCUUAGAUAUUCCAAAUAAAGUAUUACAUUUCUAAAAUUCCAUGA